GACUGCAGCCUCAUCGUAUAAGAAGCACCCCAACAGCCUUCUUUCCCAGCAGAGCAGCUCUGCCGACCGUCUUCACCACCGCAUCCUCCGCUCAACAGCCGAAUCCUUCAAAAGGACCAGACACCGCACCGCCAGCCGAAUUUCUCUCAGCCCAGCGAGACACUUGCCCAAGUCGUCGGUCGCUCGCCCUCGUGCCCCUCCACCCCCGAACCCAUCUCCCACAGGUACCCCCGACCGGCCGAGUUUAUGUCAAUUGAAAAUCUCAAGACCUACGACCCCUUCGCCGAAGCCGACGAGGACACAGGUGUACAAACCAAACAGACUCAGAAUUACAUCCAUAUUCGCAUCCAGCAGCGAAAUGGACGUAAGACUCUGACGACCGUCCAGGGUCUUCCGAAGAAAUUCGACCAAAAGAAGAUCCUCAAGGUGAUCAAGAAGAAAUUCGCCUGCAAUGGAACAAUCGUCAACGACUCUGAGAUGGGUGAGGUGAUCCAACUCCAGGGCGACCAGCGCAAGGAUGUCCAAGAGUUCCUCAUCGACAAGAAGGAGGGUCUUGAGUUGGAUUCCAAGACCAUCAAGGUCCACGGCUUUUAAGCCACGACGCAAGUCGCCGCCAUCCUGCUACCGCCAACCUACCAAGUUUGGCGAUGCAUGCUCGGGGACAAGGGCGGGUGGAAGAGCCAACGUGCGCCAAUUUUUCCCGCUGAACCAUGUUUCGCCGUGCCUAUGAUCUACACAUCAAUGGCAUGCGGAAUGUGGAAGAAUUCGCCGAGCGCCGCAGGAUGGCCGACCUUGACGGGAGACAUGGCCACGCGGUCACCCGCAGAGGUGAGAGCGACUUGCGCCGAUGACCAUUGGUGCACGGCAUUCACAGAUAGCGUUAUCCCACAAGGAGGUCACGGCUCUCGUCUGCCCCUGAGAACAGCCUGAAAGUUCUCGACUCCCUGAGCUCGAGCCGGAGCUAGGCAGGCUUGUAGAGCAGGGAGCAGACUAGCUGAAUAGACACUACCUUCGCCAAC